ACAUUUUUUUUCUUCGAUUUUUUGUUCAUAUUUUUUCGGAAUGCAGAAAAUAAAAGAAAGCCCGUCAAAUGGACGCCGUGUUUGUGGUUCAGUGAAGUAAAAGUGCAGAUUUUAGGGUCAAAUCCACCAGAAUGGACACGGAAAAUGAGAGUAAAUUUAAAGUAGAAUGUGUAGAUUUGGAAGAGAACAACGAAGAUUCAGCUCGGGAGAAGGAUGAGGAGCAGAAAGUAAAGAAAGAGGAGCCUCCUGAGGUGGAAGAAUGUUUCGUUGGGCUGGAACCUCAGACAGAUAUCCAUUCAGAUGGAGACGAUUGGAAGCCUCCGGAUUCUCCGGCAGACGACAAAGAGAACUUGUCGGAUUCAUCGAAUGGAGGAAGGAGGUACAAGAUGCGGAAGAGGAAAGCACCGAAGAAGAGAGGAAGGAAGAAAGGUGCGGUGAAAGAACAAUCGCAGUACGAGCCGGUUGGGAAGAAACCUCUGUUGCCGGAUUUGUAUUGCUACAUGUGCCCGAAGAAGUACCAAACAGCCCAUAUGUUCAACAGGCAUCUCAAUGAGCACUACAGCAAUCGCGGAUUGAUUACGGCUGGUGAGUAUCCGUGCAAAGUGCGUCCGUGUGGCAAGAUCUUCACCACGAGGAAAUUCCUCGAGAGUCACAUGAGAAUCCACGAGAUCGAGAAGGCUUUCGACUGCAAAGUCUGCGGCAGGAGUUUUUCCACCAGCAAAAUCGCCGCAAUCCACCGGAAGACCCAUAACAAUGAGAAGAAGUUCAACUGUGAGGUCUGCUGUGCCAGUUUCGUCUUUGAAAAUGCCCUGACCAUCCACGUGGAGCAGCACAUCAAGGAAUUACCCUUUCCCGAGGAACUCCUGACCAUUCACGUGAUGCCAGCCUUCGAUGACAACACCAAAACCAAGCCGGGCAUCAAUCAGGAACUCCUGACCGGAGGAAUUCUCUACAAAUGCAGCCAGUGUCCCAUGAAAUUUGCCACAUUCAAUGACAGACGCAAUCACCAGAAUCGCGAUCAUCCCAAAAUGAUGACGUGCGAGCUGUGUGGCAAGGUCCUUCGGAGUGUGUUCGCCUAUCGCCUCCACAUGGUCAUCCACACAAAGGAGAAGCCCUUCAAGUGCAAAUUCUGCGGAGAAGGCUUUGCCAGUCCCACCCUCGUGAUGGUCCACAAACGCGUGGCACACGGCACUGGAGAUCGCGAUAAACUGUAUAGGCCGCAUCAAUGCGAGACCUGCGGGAAGGCCUACGUGUUCCGCUAUUCCCUCACGGAGCACAUCAACUUCAAGCACAAGAACAUCAAAUUGAUUUGCGAUCUCUGUGGACAUUCGUACGGGACAAAGUCCAGGCUCAAGCGUCACUUCAAGAAGGUCCAUUUGCAGGAGAAGAUUACAGGACCGAAGACAAAGAUGCGCCGCGGUCAACCGAUUAAGCCGGCCAAUUGUCCGGAAUGUGAAUUCAUUGCGCCCAGGCAGUGUGACCUCAGGGAUCACAGGAUCAAGGCGCACUUCAAUAAUCUCCACUGCGACGAAUGCAACAUCAGCAUUGAGAACAUUUUGAUGUACAAGAGGCACGCCGAUGACCACAGAGAAGGGAUUUCUGUGGUUCCCGGACCUGGAAGACAUGGCCAGAUCUUCGGAUGUCUUCGUUGUGACAAGUUCUACACAGAUCGUCGUUUCCUUCGUGAACACAUAAACACUGUGCACAAUUCAAUAACAUUCACUUGUGACCACUGUGAGAUGACCUUCCAGACCAAGAGGGCGCUGAUCCGUCAUUUAUCUGGCCAUCAUGGCGUCGUGGAGAAGGCGCCGCGCCCGCGGAAAGUGCAAGGGCUUAAGGUGAAAAAAAUGAAGAAGAUGAAGAUUAAGAAUUUUCAGCCACCAUCAGAGGUAUCAUCGCAGUCAUCGCAUCAUUUUCAGAUGGAACCCCCACAAUCGUCCCCCUUGGCUCUGCAGAUGCCCCACCAGUCACCCCAUUCGUUGCCAGCAGCGCCCGCCACUCAGACCCAAGCAACGCCUCCGCCGCAGAACUUCAAAGUUGAGCGUCAGGUGCAGUAUCCCUAUUUUGCCAACAUCUAGGUAGGUUUUAUUUUUGCAAAGUUUUUUUUUUCUACAUUAUCGUAUAUAAAAAUAUUUCUUGUGGGGCUGAUUUUAUAAGAGCAGAACGUUUUUAGAAGGACAAAAAGUCAGUAGAAAUUGAUUUUUAUUUACAUACUUGUUUUUUUAAAUAUUUUAAUGCAGAAAUAAUAAAAGGUUAUAGUGACUACAAAAUAAAAAUCAAAACUCUGAUGUUUGCUCCAAGAUAUUAUGUGUAAAAUUUUGAAAAAAAAACUAAAUUUGGUUUUCAUCAGAAAUAAAGUUUUGUAUUUAAUCGAUAAAAUACACAAAA